AUGAGGUUUGACGGAAGCGACCUUCAAACAGUAGUCGACAACAUGACAACUCUACCCGACGGUAUUGUGAUUGAUCAUGCCAAAGGUCAUAUGUACUGGACCAACAUGGGAUCUAGCUUGAAGUCCAACGACGGCUCAAUUGAGCGCGCCAACUUGGAUGGUUCAGACCAACAAAUCAUUGUGUUAGCAGGUACUGUUGGCGUCUUCACGCCGAAGCAAAUCACUAUUGCCAAGCAGAGUAUGAAGCUGUACUGGUGCGACCGGGAGGGUAUGAAGGUCAUGCGGUCCAAUUUCGACGGGUCUGAUGUCGAGGUCCUCGUCUCAACCGGCAAUACCGAUGAAGAGAGGGUGGAUCAAAGAAGGUGGUGCGUUGGCAUUGCUGUAGAUGAACCGCAAAACGUCUUCUACUGGACACAGAAAGGACCAUCCAAGGGCAACCAAGGGCGGAUUUUCCGCGCACCUAUACAUGCCUCUUUCGAAGACCGACUCCGUCAAAUCGAGAUGGUGAUCGGCGAGCUUCCCGAGCCAAUUGAUCUCGACAUCGACGAGGAAAGUGGCACGCUAUAUUGGACAGAUCGAGGAGAUCCUCCUGCUGGUAAUUCACUUAACCGAGCCAUGAUGCCUGAUGGCGAGAAAUAG